AUGACCGUCCGCGAGUACGCUGAGCGACAAUCCGGCCUGAAGCGGCAGUUCACAGUCCGCAAGGACAUUGUCCGCCUCAUGAGUCAAGUUGUGAUAUGCAGCAACUUUGUCGUCGUCACUCCGAGCAUUGCCGCAAGUGAGCCCUACCAGGCAUACAACAAUCAGUGUGCGAGAGCUGUUAUUCUCGACGAGGCAGCUGCAAUGCAUCGCACUGACGGUCUCAUCGUCUAUUGGAACACACCCAGACCCAUGAUCGUCGUUGGUGACGAAAAGCAACUGGUACCUACCUUGGUGACAGCAAACCAGAAGGACGAGACAGGAAACGACAUCAAUCGGUUCGGCGACGAUGCCAGGGUCUCUUUCCUUAGUUGGUGGCUCCAUCUGGGAUUCCCUGCUUUUCAUCUUUACAAGCAGUACCGAAUGGCCCGUGGGAUGUUCGUCUUGUCCCUUGAAUUCGUCCUUCAGGUUGUGGUAAACGAGUUCAAGUACGCUGAAUCGUGUGAGCUAACUAACUUCUCUUACGCCGGCGAUAUCCAGGCGUACUUGCAGCACACGGCCAACUUGGUUCUGCCUGCCGACACGAUGUCGCCUGUUUUCAUCAACUGCCACAACUGCGUGGACUCUGUCUCCCAAUCUCGCUACAACGCCCGAGCAGUCGAGUGUAUGGUGAAGUGGCUGCGGUCAUUCAUUGGCGCGCUGGGUGUCCCCACAGAUCGGAUUGCCGCCAUCACACCUUACCGUGCCAACUUGCAGCACAUCCGGUUCCGGUUCAGCGCAGAGCUGACCUUGGAGAGGAUCGAAGUCCCUACCAUCGACACGUUCAUGGGGCGGGAGGCAGACAUAGUCCUGCUUUGUCCCGCGGUAGACAAGGAAUCUGGCCCCGGGUUUACAGCCCACCCCCAGCGACUCAAUGUCGCCAUCACUCGUCACCAGACUGCUUUGUUUGUGGUUGGCGACAUCGACACCAUCCCGGCCCCCGACUCUGGCAGACCCAAGCGCCCGCGGACUGAAGGCGCGACGGCCGAGGACGGAGCCUCGGUAAAAGUCAACCUUCGCAUGAUGACAAAGAUGUUUCAGUGGUUCCGCGACAAUGGCAUGAUCAUCCAUCUCCAGGGGGAUCCCAACGUCGACCCAGACGCAUGA